AUGUUCCGUCCUCGACUAUCACUCACUCCCCAGCGAAUCACCCAACUCCUCACCCACCCGGCCAAAAUGUCCGACUGGAGCGCAACUCAAUACCUCAAAUUCGCCGACGAGCGCGCCAUCCCCACCCAAGAUCUACUAUCACACAUCCCAUUGCAAUCUCCCUCCCACAUCGUCGAUCUUGGCUGCGGCCCCGGAAACUCCACCGCCAUGCUUUCCGCCCGCUACCCAUCCUGCCCGAGCAUCGCCGGUAUCGACUCCUCCCCAAACAUGAUCGCUCGCGCCAAGGAGUCAUCUACAUCUACUUCAAACACCACCUUCGCUGUCGCCGACGUGGAAUCCUACUCUCCCCCACCAGACCACCCCGUAGAUCUCUUCUUCUCCAAUGCCGUCCUCCACUGGCUGCCCCGCUCCACUCGUCUCCCUACUAUCCGCAGACUCUUACUGACUCUUCCCCCGGGCGGCGUCUUCGCCUUCCAGGUCCCGGAUACCUUGAACCUGCCAUCGCAUACUUCCAUGCGGGAGGUCGCGAGGACGGGGCCCUGGGCGGAACAUCUACGGAGUGCGCUUGUGGAGAGGGAUGAGUUGGAUUCCCCUGAAGAAAUCUAUGAUGCGUUGGUGGAUGUUUGUGAGAAUCUGAGGAUCUGGGAGACUGUGUACUAUCAUUCCCUUGGGGAUUGGAGGGACAUUGUCGAGUGGGUGAAGGGGACGGGGUUGAGGCCGUAUUUAGAUGGGUUGAGGGGAGAGGAGGAACGGAAGGAGUUUUUGAGGGUGUAUGAGGGAUUGUUGAGGGAGAGGUAUGAGAAGAGGGCCGAUGGGAGAGUGAUGUUGAGAUAUCCCAGGUUGUUUGUUGUUGCUGUUAGGAAGUGA